GUCUCUUUACGUCUACCGCUUUUUACUGUUCCCUCUCAGCAGACUGAAUAUCUGUGACUUGUCAACCAUUUCGACCCUCUGUGCUCAGCUCGAUCUAUGUUCUCAAAAUCGUCAUUUAGGUAUUCCUCCCUCCUCAGCGUGUAAAUCUACGAGUUUCCCGGUGAAGUGACUGGAAAAAGGAACUCUCAGACUGUUCAGGAAAGGAGCUUCCGGUGCUCUCUAGCUUCUACUGUGGGAUGGAACCAGAACGUUAAUUGUGUUGGAUUUUGAUGGAAUUAGUGCUCCAUGCAUCAUCUACCUCGUUUUUUCACUCAUAGCAAUAGAAGCGGCUCCACGGACUCCAAGAAAAAGAGGAGGCCGAAGCUUGAGCGUCUUAAUGCAGCGAAGCACAUAGAGUACGAUGCUGCGUCAUCGUCAUCGUGGCUCGACGAUUCGUCCCAUCCUUCGUCUCUACAAGCGGGAUCGCUUGAGCUAUACGAGCAAAAGAGUUUCCGUGUGGAGGGAAAGGAGGGAGAGAUCGACCGGAUUUGCCGGAGCCUAGGGCUGUCCAGUCCCGAAGAUCUUGGGAUUUCCACGGCGGAUUGGGUGGCCAGUAAGAUCCAGUCCUCCUCGGAUAACUCGCCCCUAUCGAAAUAUCGUUGGUCAGAUAGUACGAGAAAAGAGGAUGUAAAGCAGAAUGAGGAGGAAGAUGUGCAGGCGCCGGAGAGAGAAUUGUGUGAUAGGGUUUCGGCUGGUGUUAGAAUUAGAGAUAUCGAGGGUAAUGAGUUGACUAGGGCGGAGUCAAUUGAGUCGAAUGCCAGGUAUGAUCUUGGCGUUGUUAGCCGUGGCGUUGUUGUAGGAAUUAAGGGCGUGAGACCCCCGUUGCUCAAGCCACCGCCGCCAAUGAGACUACCUGUAAUUGAUAAUGCAUGUUCCACAUGGGAUAUAUUCAAGGAGUUCGCACCAGAAAGUGAUAGAGGGUCUUUGGGAAUAGUUGAUAGAAGGCUUAAUUCUUCAGCGUUGGACAGGGAACAAGAGCAAAUAGGAGCUAACUUAGUGGCUCUACCUAACUUAGUGGCUGACAAGGUAGAGGAGGAGGAGGAGGAGGAGCAGGAAGAAGAAGAGGAGAGUAUAUUGAGGGCUGAUGUGAUAGCGUUACUGUCUGAGUCGUGUUCAUUUAGUACUUCGAAUGAUGAUGAUUCUUCUAGCACUACCACGGAGCCAAUAUCCAAUAAUUCUCCUAAUGGGAGACUAAUGCGUACCAUUACAUCUUGGGAGAAGGGUCAUCUUCUGGGACAAGGCUCAUUUGGAUCAGUGUACGAAGGACUUUCUAACGAUGGAUUCUUUUUUGCUGUGAAGGAAGUUUCGUUGCUUGAUCGAGGUAGUCAGGGAAAGCAAAGUGUUUAUCAACUCGAGCAGGAGAUCGCUCUUUUGAGUCAGUUCGAACAUGAAAACAUUGUCCAGUAUUAUGGCACAGAUAAGGAUGAUUCAACCCUGUACAUCUUUCUUGAGCUUGUAACAAAAGGCUCCUUAUUAGAUCUCUAUCAGAAGUAUCAUCUUAUAGAUUCCCAAGUAUCUGCAUAUACAAGACAGAUUCUUCAUGGUUUGAAGUAUCUUCAUAACCGAAAAGUGGUCCACAGGGAUAUCAAAUGUGCAAAUAUAUUGGUCGAUGCAAAUGGAUCCGUGAAACUGGCAGAUUUUGGAUUAGCUAAGGCAACCAAUUUGAAUGACAUUAAAUCAUGCAAAGGGACUGCAUUCUGGAUGGCCCCUGAGGUUGUCAAUCGGAAGAGCCAAGGUUAUGGACUUCCAGCUGAUAUAUGGAGCCUUGGCUGCACUGUGUUGGAGAUGUUAACUCAUAAGAUUCCAUACUCUGAUCUGGAAUGGAUGCAAGCAUUGUUUAGGAUUGGAAAGGGUGAACCACCUCUGGUUCCUGAUUCCCUCUCAAGGGAUGCGCGAGAUUUCAUCCUGCAGUGCCUACAAGCUAAUCCCAAUCAUCGCCCUACUGCUGCUCAACUGUUAGAACAUCCAUUUGUGCAGAGAUCACUGCCCUCUUAUUCAGGUUCAACAUCUCCUUAUAUUGGCAGACAGUCUUGAAAGUUCUACCCCAGCUUUAACUGAGACAUUAAAGAGCCUGAAGAUGUCUCAAUUCCAAUGCAGCCAUGGCGUUUGUGAUGUAGACCAGUUUUACAUGUGUGAAACAGAAUUCGGUCAUACCACUAUUCAUUAGCGUGGAAGUUAUACAUGUCAAGAAAUUUGUGAAAAGCUCUCUGUCAUAAUUUCUUAUCUAUUGGGCCUCUAUUGUCCAGCUGACUCGCAGAUUGAUAACGUUAUUUCCACUGGUGGUACUUUUCCUUUCUUAAAAAGCUCUUUUGACAACGAAGAAGCGUCCAGGACCAAGUGAUCAGCUGCAACCUCAAAGCUGGGCGACUUGCUUUUGUUACUGCGCCAAUGACAUAAAUUUUGCUCAAGGCUUACUCAAGAGCUACACUCUGCUUUGACAUUUGUUUUCAGAUGGUGCCAGGGAUCUAACGAUGGGGCUUCAUUGCAUUGCAUUGCCUAGCAGCAUAUUUUUGGUGAGUAGCUUUGGAACUGCUCUACAGCACAACCUAGUCUUCAAUUAUUUGGUUGGGCACCAGGGGUCGGUGUUCAACAAUGCAAGUCAAUUCACUAAUGUUCUUCCCGUUUUAUAGUAGCAUAUCAAAGAAAUUAAUUCUCAUUUAAGCGUUGGAAAUCAACAAGAUUGUGUAUUUUUCUGAAACAAAUUAUGUACAAGUUUUUCUUGCCUCAUUAAGAUGUAAAUAUAUUCUCUACUUUAGUUUGUUUUUUUUUUUGGUCUCAAUGGUGAAGACCCUGUAGGGAAUGUCUGUUAUCAAAGGAUUGCUCUCUCUUA